AUGAAUGAUACAUAUAAAGAGAGAAAUGAAUCCAAAGUUGAUGAAAUGUUUUCUUUGAAAGCCAACACUCAUACUUUGAAGUGUGAACUCCAUUCUGUAUUCGAUAUUGCUCUGUCCAAUUCCAUGGCAAGUCUGCUUGGAUUAAAGAACAACAUUUUUCCCAGAAACAAAAUCUACACAUCGAAUUUACCUGUAAACAUAACCCCCAUCAGGAUAAUAAGGAUAAUAAGUGUCGACUGUGGAUUAAUAUCAGGAGCUUAUUGCGAUGGCAACGAAAUGCACACUUAUACGAGCGUUAAACCGCGUGGACGCCAGUUUAUUGAUAACAUCACACUAGAAAUUUUGGAUGAUGUCGGAAAUUUGGUCAAUUUCCGUGGUGAAAAAAUUAUAGUCAAAUUAGAACUGCGACGCCUGUCUAGUGCCAGCUGA